AUGGCUACAGGUGAUGAGGAUGCAUGGGAGUGGGAAGACGACCCUUCUACGUCGCCCACUUCCUCUGCAGCACGCUCUAACGUACAUGGUCAUCAAGAGGAGACGCAGACGCAUGCAGCCUUACCCGAAUUAUUGUCACCCGAUUCCGGGAAGUGGCAGUUUGAUCUCUCGGAACUCGAGCUCGAGAUGUCGCGGGGACUUCCGCCUGCCUUUGCGUCGCCUUUUAGCGACUGUGAAGGCGCCACGAGCACUGAAAAGAAGCUGAUAGCAGCUGUCGUGAACUUGGAUGCAUGUGGCCGAUCGGACAAGGAGCGGGUACGGACGCUGCAGGCGCUGGCGCUUGUCGUCCGACUGCACGUUCUUGCAGCUCGUGGCAGCUUUGGAGAGCUCCUGAGUGACCUGGAGACACCUACAGAAGCAGUCAAAGACCUUGAAGAAGAGCUGAAGCAAUUGGCUGGAGACUGGGGGGACAAAGAGCUGCUGGAACCGACGCUGCGACCGUCGCGGCGACAGCAGCUAAAGGAGAUGACAGGCUUACUGCGUCAUGCUCUUACUACCGAGGACGAGGACUUGACGCUGUUUCAGCACGUGAUUGAGCAGCUCUUUCGUGGACUGACGGACCAGAAGCUGGUGGUGUCGAUGAAGUGGCUGGAGCAGCGUACUGACGAUGAUAGGGAGAAAGAAGGGGAGACGCUGAGCUACUUGAGGCAAAUCUUGGCUUUGAACACGAGCGAUUGCGGUGAUACGAGUCGCACGACGACGUUGUCAGAGGCGGAGAUUUUUCAGGACGCGAAGGAUAUUGGCCGAGAUGAGUUGCUGAUUAAUGGAGUACAGGUGGAAGGCACUCGGAAAUACGAUGCAGUAGUGGACGCGCUGCAACGUGAGCUAAAGCUUGUACUGGCUAGUCAAGUUGGCAAAACAAUCGAGCACGCGCCCCUGGCUGUGAACAAUGCUCUGCAGUCGAUCGCAAUGGCUGUGCUGCAUGCGAUCAACCGCACUGAGUCGGGUGGGAGCUCGUACGAGGUACUAAGCAAGUUUCUAAGCAGCCAUGAAAUGGACCGAGUGCUGCUUCGUCCAAAUUCCGCUCGAGCUGCUCCGCUUGAAGUUCACGUGGACGUCGGCCCGUACUUGGAGCUCAUUCCUGGUCUUGACAUGGUCAACUGGGCGUUUGGUUUGCGUGUCAAGCUAACUGCUGCGACCUGGUAUUUGGUAUGCGACGCUGACGACCCUACAGAGGAACUGCACGAGUUUGAGACAACGUUCUGUAAUCGAUUGGCCUUCUCAGUCGGACUCGCACCUUUCCAUCCACUCGACAGCAUGCGCAAAGACGGCGGAGAAGUUGCGAUUCGCUUGGUGUUGCCAGCUGGGGACUCCUCGUGCGCCCAGAGUCCUCACCGGCAACGGGUAGAAGAGGAGAAUGUCAUGGGUAAUUCCAAUCACUAG